UCUCAUGCUCAGAGGAGUGCUUUAUUUUUCAUCAAGUUAUUUUUUGCAUUGUUUUGAAGCAGCUUUGAAUAAUAAACACAUUUUUCUGCUUUAAAUUUUUUAAUGGUUUCUAAAUUCAUGGGACAACCAAAGCAAGAAAGCCUCAUAUUUUGGAGGAAAGUUUGAUAUAAGGAAUGCCUAGAAAAGAGCCAAAGAUGUUUGUCCUGCUCUAUGUUACAAGUUUUGCCAUUUGUGCAAGUGGACAACCUCGGGGUAAUCAGUUCAAAGGAGAGACCUACGCCCCAAGAUAUAUCUGUAGCAUUCCUGGCUUACCUGGACCUCCAGGCCCCCCGGGGGCAAAUGGGUCUCCCGGGCAACAUGGUCGGAUCGGCAUUCCGGGAAGAGAUGGUAGAGACGGCAGGAAAGGAGAGAAAGGUGAAAAGGGGGCUGCAGGUUUGAGAGGUAAGACUGGCCCUCUGGGCCUUGCUGGAGAGAAAGGGGACCAAGGAGAGGCUGGGAAGAAAGGACCUGGACCAGAGGGAGAGAAAGGAGAAGUGGGGCCAGCUGGGCCUCCUGGACCAAAGGGAGACAGAGGGGAGCAAGGGGACCCAGGGCUGCCUGGAGUCUGCCGAUGUGGAAGCAUCGUGCUCAAAUCUGCCUUUUCCGUUGGCAUCACAACCAGCUACCCAGAAGAAAGACUACCUAUUUUAUUUAACAAGGUCCUCUUCAAUGAGGGAGAGCACUACAAUCCUGCAACUGGGAAGUUCAUCUGUGCUUUCCCAGGGAUCUAUUACUUUUCCUAUGAUAUCACAUUGGCUAAUAAGCAUCUGGCGAUCGGGCUGGUACACAAUGGGCAGUACCGGAUAAAGACCUUUGACGCCAACACAGGGAACCAUGACGUGGCUUCGGGGUCCACGGUCAUCUAUCUUCAGCCAGAAGAUGAAGUUUGGCUAGAGAUCUUCUUCACUGACCAGAACGGCCUCUUCUCAGACCCAGGUUGGGCAGACAGCUUGUUCUCUGGAUUUCUCCUGUAUGUUGACACAGAUUACCUAGAUUCCAUAUCAGAAGAUGAUGAACUGUGAUCAGAAUGUUCAGAUUAGAACAUUUCAAGUCCCUCAUUGCAGAGACUGAAGAUAAUCUGUGGCCCUAGAAGGUGCAACUGCAGAAAUGGGAUCUGAAAAAACUCCCACUCAGACUUCACACAUUUACAGGUGGUUCAAGCAGAAUUUAUUAGAACAAGAUGAACCACCAAACAGAGGGGAGCAUGCCAAAACAAACUACAUAAAAAACAAUAAUGCUGGAUAUGAAUCCUCUCAAAUGCAAGGUUCAUUGAUAUUUAAACAAUUCAAGACAACGUUAACAAGUUUUCUAUUAAAUGCCCUGAGUGGUAAAACCAGAUGGCAAUGGUAUUGUCCAAUUAAAUCUUCAUAAAAUUACAAUUUUGUCUGUUAUUUAAGAGAAUCAUAACAUCCUAGACAAGGUUUUUGAUAAUUCUCAAAAGACUGUAUUGUCAAAAACUGAAGGUAAGAGAUGCUGAGUAGUUUUGAGCAAGCUAAAGUAAAGUGAAAUUUUCUUUUGUGCUAAUAUUCA